AAUCAGUUUCUUCAAAAAUUGUUUUGAUAAGCACUUAUUAUUUCGCAAAAGGUUAAACCCAAUAUUUAAUUGAUUUCACGUAUUCUUCGAUUCGUAUUUAUUCUACAGUUAAUUUUUUGAAUAUCCAGUAAAUAAUCAUAGAAGGAGGGAAAUUGCAAAAAUCUAAUACUUGACACUUGCACAACUGUAUAGCGAAUCAUGGCCGAGUUAAAUCUGUCCAAAAUGCAGUUUGAAUUUUUCACAACAUCUGAUGAACUGGCUUUAGAAAUUUCUCAAGCCUUGGUUUCUAUUAACUGCUGUACAUGGUGUAUUUUAAGGUUUCUUGGUGAGAAAAGACCCUGUAUGUAUGUAAAUGAAACAGUCAAUGAGCUGAGACAAUUGUUAAAUGCUAAAGAUGAUACUGUUGAUUGUGUUAUAUGUCCAGGUUGUUUAGGAAUAUUGCACAAAUAUAAUACGUCUGAUUUUCUACAAGAGAUAAAUGGUGUUGUAAAGAAAGAAGAUUAUGAGUUUAUAGAUUAUCAGUGUUCAUUAAUUGUACCAGUAUGUACUAUACUUAGACAGCAUUCUAUUUACCUAUUUUUACAAGAAAAGCAUGGUUCUGUAUAUUGUAAAAUACCAGAAGAAGAAAUAUCAUCUAUUAAAGAUGUAUGGAAAUGGUUUUGUGGUCCAUCAUUAUCAAAACAAUUAAACUCAGAGUUUAAACAAAAGAGCCCCUUUGAAAUUUCCUUGAUAUUUAAAUAUGAAGAUUCUGAAAAAGAGUGUUACUUUUUAUUAGAAACAAAUCCUAAUGAAUUUCAGAGAAGGAAAAAAUCACCAUUUGAUAUUUUUACCCGAGCUGCUGUUUUUAAAGCUGUAACAACAUUACCAGAUGAUGUUUUUAAAAAAAAUUAUCAAACUCCAUGUUUGACUCCUGUGAAAACUAUAGACUGUGAUAUAUCAUGUAACUUUGAUGCUAUAUUUAUUGCUGGAAGAUAUUUAAAGUUUAGCCGAACAUUGAGUCAGACACCAUGGAUUAUUGAUGGUGUUAGAAAAACUAAAUCAUCUGUAGAAGAAGAAAUAUGCAGUGCCAUGUCUAUAUUUCAAGCUACAGAUUUCAAAUUUUCAUCAUCGGGUAGAGAAGAUGUAGAUGUUAGGAUGCUGGGAAAUGGUAGACCAUUUAUAGUAGAAAUACUUGAUGCUCACCGUUGUCAUGCUGUUAAUGAAAUAUCUACAGUACAAAAGUUGAUAAACAAAACAUCAGAUGUAGUAAAAGUUAGAGAUUUACAACUUAUAACAAGAGAGGACAUACAUAAUCUAAAAGAAGGUGAAUUAGAGAAGAGUAAAUGUUAUAUGGCAUUAUGUUGGUCUUCUUCAACACUUACUCCAGAAAAUAUACAACUUAUUAAUCAACUAAAGACAAUAGAAAUACAACAAAAGACUCCUCUCAGAGUUUUACAUAGACGAUCACAAGCUGUAAGAUCUAGAAUGAUCUAUGAUAUAUCUAUUAAAGAAACCAAAGAGAAUUAUUUUAAACUCUAUAUUUCUACACAAGCAGGAACAUAUAUAAAAGAAUUUGUUCAUGGUGAUUUUGGUAGAACUGUACCUAAUCUAUCUAGUUUACUAAAUGUUGAUUGUGAUAUAUUAACAUUGGAUGUACAGGGUGUAGAGUUAAAAUGGCCACCACAACUUGACAACGAUAUGGAUGCAGAAUAAUAGACCAAUAUUAUAUUAUUGUAAAAAGAAAUACGUUAUUUGAAUGUUGACAAAAAUAUGAUUCAAUAUUUGUUUUAUUAAAAUUGAUGUAAACAGUAGCUCUGUUAGUUGCUUUGAAAUGAUCACUAACAAAAUGAGGUCAUAAUCCCUAUUCUGUUGAUCAAUAUAAAAAAAAAUGUAUUAAGAAACCUGAUUCAUCAAAUGUCUUUGAUGUCUAGAUUUCUCCUUAUAUGUGAGAAUAACCCCAUAGAGGUGUUGUAGUGCUAUACAAAAAGUUAUUCCUAUUGAACAAGUUAAUUCUCAAGCCAUGUAAUUAAUUGACAAAAUCUAAAAGGUUUUUUGGUGUUAUGUACCUGAUGUCCUUUUAAUAAUCAGUUUUUGUUAUUAAAUAAUAAAUUAAA